UGAUGACUUGGUCCCAUUGUAUCAAAUCGGGUGGUGGAGAAAACAUCAACUACGUUUACUUGGACCAUUUACUUCUACAAUCUGCUUCUUUUCUCCGAUACUUAAAUGGCUUAGACCCACAUAAUCCCGAGGAGCAAGCUCAGAUGAAGAAGCUAUACUUAUUGUUCUUAUACUUUGGUGUUCUUACCUCAAUCUUGAUAAUUUCUGCAGCAGUGGACACCAUAACAGUAAAUCAAAUCAUCAAAGAUGGAGAAACAAUUGUUUCAUCUGGUGAAAAUUUCGAGUUGGGUUUCUUCAGCCUCGGCACUUCAAAGAAUCGGUAUGUUGGAAUAUGGUACAACAAGAUGUCUACUUGCACAGUGGUGUGGGUUGCUAACAAAGAAACUCCACUAGCCAAUACAUCUGGUGAGCUCAGAGUUAACCAAGGUGGACUGCAACUGUUUAAUGGUAACAACACGGUUAUCUGGUCAACAAAUUCAUCUGGAUCUGUUAGUUUGGUGGCACAGUUACUGGAUACCGGGAAUCUUGUUUUACGUGAUCAAGGGAAUUCGAUCUGGGAAAGUUUUGAUCAUCCUGGAGACACUCUUCUCCCGGGAAUGAGAAUCGGUAUAGACUUGGUGACAGGAAAAGACAGACACUUGACAUCAUGGAAGAGCGAAGAUGACCCGUCUGCAGGUCAGUUUGUUCUCCAGGUGGCUCCAAAUGGGUAUCCACAACUGUUUCAGACGCAAUUGAAUUCAACGUCAAGAUUUGGGCCAUGGAAUGGUGUUACGUUUAAUAGAAUGCCUGAUUUCGGCGAGAAUUCAGUAGAGUUUGUAUUUAACGAGACAGGCAGAUACUGUGAAUAUAAACUUGUGAACAACUCAAUUUUGUUCAGGAUGCAAUUGAAGCCAGAUGGAACAACUGUAAACUGGAACUGGAUCAAUCGCACACAAAGUUGGGGAGUAUUUUCAUCUGCAACAAUUGAUAACUGUGCAGCUUAUUCCAUCUGCGGCCCCAACGGAGAGUGUAACAUUAACAACGCCCCUGCUUGUAAUUGCCUGGAAGGUUUUGAACCACGCCGCCCUGAUCAAUGGAGCAUAACAGAUUGGUCGAGUGGGUGUCAGCGGAUAGAACCGUUAGCAUGUGGGCAUGGAAAUAGUUUUCUGAAUAUUUCAGGGGUACAAUUCCCUGACACAAAUCACUCAUGGUACAAUCAGAGCAUGACACUUGCCGAAUGUGAAGCGGCAUGCAAGAGGAAUUGCUCGUGUAUGGCGUAUGCUAAUUCAGAUAUCAGAAAUGGAGGAAGUGGGUGCUUGCUAUGGUUUGAUGAUCUAAUGGAUAUACGCGCAGAUGGUGCAGCCCAAGCACUCUACAUUAGAAUGCAUGCCUCUGAGCUAACAACCCGGGUACACGAUACUAACAACAAGAAGAAACAAAGGAUCAUAUUGGUCGUGUCAACUUCGCUUUGUUUGAUCCUCGUAUGUCUGAUACUAGCACUUUGUUUUGCACGAAGAAAGAAGAAAAGAUCUCACAAGACAGUAUUAGGUCCAGUGCCAGAACAUGAUGAGAACUAUACCGGUGAGACUCGUAAGGAAGAUACAGGGCUGUCAUCUUAUAGCCUGCCCAUCAUUGCAAAGUCUACUAACAACUUUUCUCCCGAUAAUAAGCUCGGUGAAGGGGGGUUUGGUCCGGUUUACAUGGGCGUGUUGGAAGAUGGACAAGAAAUAGCUGUGAAACAACUGUCAGAAACUUCAACACAAGGGCUAGAUGAGUUCAAGAAUGAAGUUAAAUUCAUUGCCAGACUGCAGCAUAGAAAUCUUGUAAAGCUUCUUGGAUACUGCAUUCAGGGAAAGGAAAGAAUGCUGAUAUAUGAAUACAUGGCGAACAAAAGCCUUGAUUCGUUUAUUUUCAAUGCAUAUCAAAGUCCAACGCUUGAUUGGCCUCAUCGUUUUCGUAUUAUCCAUGGGAUUGCUCGAGGGCUUCUUUAUUUGCAUCAUGAUUCACGCCUAAGAAUCGUACAUAGAGAUUUGAAAGCUAGCAAUAUUUUGUUGGAUAAGGAUUGGAACCCAAAGAUAUCAGACUUUGGUCUUGCAAGAAUGUUUAGUGGACAUGAGACUGAAGCCAAUACCAACAGAGUGGUUGGAACCUAUGGUUAUAUUCCUCCGGAGUAUGCACUACACGGGCAUUUCUCAGUAAAAUCAGAUGUCUAUAGCUUUGGAGUUUUGAUGCUUGAAAUCGUGUGUGGGAAGAAAAACCGAAUAUUCUCUCAAGACGAACACCAUCAUACCCUGAUUGGACAUGCAUGGAGACUGUACAAAGAAGGAAAAUCACUUGAGCUAAUGUGUCCAUCUUUGGGAGCCUCAUGUGUUGAGUCUCAAGUGCUGCGAACAAUACAUAUUGGUUUGUUAUGUGUGCAACAUCAUGCAGAAGAUAGGCCAACUAUGUCUUCGGUGGUUCUCAGGUUAGGUAAUGAGAAUACUUUGCCUCCACCUAAACAACCCGCAUUUUUUGCUGAAGAAGAAAUGCCAGAACUUAGAUCUAUCUCGUCUGGUCCGACAUUGGAUUCUGUUGAUGAGAUUACUAUAACUCAGUUAGAAGCUCGAUAACAAGUAUAUUAUAUCUUGUAUAGAUGUUCAGUAUUGAAUUGUGAUAGGCUAAAUCUAUCAUAUGUUAGAAUCACAAAAAGAAGAUAAAGUCUUGCACGCACAUAAACCAUUUAUUAAAUCUAGUGUACACGGGCUAAAUCCAAUAGUAUAGAUGUAUUAGACCAAUUAGGUUCAUGUUUAAUUACUAUGUUCUCUAAGUCAUUGUACGAAAAAAUCCAGGUUUCAACCUUUUAUGAUCAUAAAACUAUACGCAAGAGAAUAUAUUUCAGUUUUU